AUGGUCAACAUAACCGCCAACAGCACCGAUGCUUUGUUUGAAUACACUGGCACCUGGUCGAGAGAGGCGAGGACAGAUCCCACUUAUAGGAUCUGGAAGGGCGGAGACAGCCUACAGCUUCGCUUGGACGCGUCAGAAGUAUAUCUUUUCGGAUGUGCGCCAGGCAACGGUUCCAGCAUAACUUUCGAGUUUUCAGGUAGUGGUGUUAUCGUAAAGGGACUAGGUAAUAAGUCAAACAUAAAUGCUGCCUACAAAGUAUCUGUCAAUGGCAAUGCAAGUGCAGCACCCGGAACUUCGGACUUAUGGGAAGCCUAUGCGCCCGCAAACCAAGCGAUUACUCUGUAUCGAAAUAUGAGAUUAGGCAACGAGUCUCAAAGCAUUACUCUUUCGGAAAUACAACUAGCACCCGAUUCUUCGUUCUGCGUACUACGUGCGAAUGUUUCCAGCGUGAAUAGACAUGAAGACACACCAUCCAGCCCGUCGCCCACGGCCGAUGAUUCCCAUAACUCAGUAUCAAAGUCUCUUUCCAGUGGCAAAAAGGUUGGUAUAGCGGUCGGCGUGAUUAUCAUAGUCGGUAUCAUAGUAGGAGGCAUCAUACUAUUUUAUCGUCGGCGCAUAGCACACAGGGCAACCACUUGGGACCCCAAAAAAGUGAAAUAUUGCUCCAAGUGUGGAACGGCAAUCACAGACCGAUAUCGUAUGGAAUGCGUUCAAGCUGGAUCCUGUGUCCAAGAUGUGGAUCUCCAUCUAAAAUGUCAGGAUUGGAACGAGCCUAAGAAUCACAGUCAUGAAGUGCAUAAAGUCCUCAACCGUCAAUAG